GUUUUGGCUAAAGCAUUCUUCGAACGCGCGCUUUGAGUGACAACGUCACUCGGACCCGCCUUUUUCCACAUGGCAAUGGCAAGUGGCUUAUCUCUGGCCACUUCGCGACAAGUGACGCACCAUUCCUUCGCCCAAUCAUUUCAGCGACCUUUCCUUCGCAUGCAGAAGACUCGUCGGCUGAGCAAUCUCAGCCGCCAGCUCUUGGCCUCUGCAGCGGGCGUUGGCGCCUACGGAGCCUGCCACGCGAUGCGGCAGAGGCGCAGCUUCGCUGUGGCCUGCGCGGCGGAGGAGGCCACGGCGCCAGAGGCAUUUCCACCGGCGGUGAUUGUUGGCGGGGGCCGCCUGGGGGAAGCUUUUGCAAAGAUGGGCCUGAGACAGGAUGUGAUCGUCAGGAGGGGCGAGACCUUUCCCAGCGAUGCUCCCGAGGGACCGAUCUACGUGUGCACGCGCAACGACGCCUUGGAGGAGGUGAUUCGCAUGGUGCCCGAGGAGCGGCAUGAGGAUUUAGUCUUCGUCCAGAACGGGGUUUUGAUGCCCUUCUUGGAUAGACAGCUGAGGCCUGGCUUGCCGGUGACGAUCUUGUUGGUCUAUUUCGCGGUGGCCAAGAAGGGCGAGCCGCCCUUGGACGGGAAGACAGACACGGACCCUGAGGGGUUAAGUGCAGUGAAUGCCGGCGGGAAGUGGGCCAGGGAAGUUCAUUGGAGGCUCACCUCCAGUGAUUUGGCUUGCCGCAUUCUGCGGGACAUGGAGUUCAAGCAGGCCUAUUGGGAAAAGAAUCUUUGGAUCUCAGCCUACAUGAUGGUCGGGGCCCUUCACGGCUGUACCGUGGGCGAGGUGGAAUCCACUCAUCGCAAGGAGGUGGAUGAGUUGAUUGGGCAGUUGGCUGUGGCCGUGUCCGCCUCCCAGGCUGAUGUCACUUGGGAGCGGCUCUUGUUAUGUGACCGCCUGGCCGCCUACGCACGGAGCGUGGCGCACUUCCCCACCGCGGUGAAGGAGUUUGAAUGGCGCAACGGCGCCUUCUACGAGAUGUCCAAGGCGGCGGAGGCCGCCGGACGCCCGGACCCCUGCCUCAAACACACCGAAGGCCUACGAACCUUGAAGGUGAUCUAGCGAAGAACGCGAAACCGAAGAUCAGUUCGGCGGAGGAA